CGUCCUCUCCAGUGAGUCAUCGGCAUUGAAUCCUCCUCAUGCACACUUGUUUGUUGUUUGUGAAGGUCCAUGGCAACUCGGAUACGGAGACUCGCUCAACCCAAACCCGACCGGCUCGGAUAUCCGGACCGUCGUUCGGUGUACUGGCUGGACCGGCUCCCACCAGAGCGGACUGGAUCCACCACCAGAACCGGUACCGGUCUCCACUGUGUUCUUCAUGUACACACCUUCCCCUCACUGUUGUUCUGUGACCCUGAGUGUUGUUGUUGUUUAUGUUCCCCGGUCUGGGAGGUGAGUGAACCGGCUCUCCGUGCUGUGGCCUCUGAUCGACUGAGCCGUCUGGCUCGACCUCGGACCCCCGCCGCCGCCUGGCAGCCGGAGCGCCCGCUGCUCGCCGCCUUGAACACAGGGACCCAGACGGUGGUCGCCACUUCGAGAAUAUGUCAGCUGGCCCGACCCAGAAGCAGAAGGCCGGUUCUGGAGACCUCGGGCCCACAACCAAAGGUCGUGACCUCGACCCGCAUCGCCUACAAAGCUUCAGCUCACAUCGAGCUACUUGCCACCCCAAAGCGUGACCACCCCAAGUUCGAAGGCGAGCGCCGCUCGGCAUGCUGGUCCGUCUCCAGGGCGGCGAGACGCGCCGCAGCCGGCCGGAGGCUCCUGGAGCUGUCGUGCCCCAAAGAGAGGACCGCUCUGUUCCAGGGCUACGACCCGUACGCCGUGAGCCCGGCGGCGCUCGCUGCCGACCCGUCCGCUCGGGUCCGACAGCUCUGCCUCCCGCUGUCGCGCAAAUGCAGCGCGCACUACGACGGCGCCCUCCACUGGUCCUGAAGUGGCGGUGAAGCAGAGUCCUGGACCUGAGGAGCUAAAACAACAUUUACUUUCUUCUUCUUUUAAACUACUUUUGCACAUCUGGAACAUCAUUUCAUAAGAGACGGUUUUUAUUCCGUAAUGUUUCACCUCACAAGAUCUCCUCCCACAUGUUCAGGGGUUCAAACGCCUCAAAAUACCGGAAGCUCCCGUCAGUGACGCAAAGCGCCCGCCAGGUGACGACAGAGAGCCGCCACAUCUGAUUCAGAUGAACUGGAGACCCUCAUUUUUCUUUUUGAAACUGACGUCACGGCCGCCAGGGAAUUACAACACAUGUUUGUUUUAUUACAGUGUCCUUUAAAACAAAUAUGCACACCCCCUUUGUGUUUUUAUUAAAAAUGCCUUUGCAACACGACUGUUGUGUGUUUGCGCCACUUUGACCAUGUUAUAGUUAUUUUAGUUAUUGGUACAGUGAUGCACGAGCCACCGUGUCCACAUUACAACUGAACAUGUAUUGUGUGUGAAAGUUUGGAUUCAUAACUUAACUAUAAUUCAUCUUGCAUUGAUUGUGGGAUUACAUUGUUCCUCAACUCAUGAGUAUUAUGCCUCU